UGUGGAAGCAGGUAAAGCCGUUCUUCGUGCCGUCAGCAGAAGGUCAUGCACCGAACUGCUAAACGCCCAGCUGGUCAAUCCAGGGUCAGCCUAAACUACGUAUGUGAUCUCUUGUGCUAGGCCAGGCUCCAGCGUUCUAUUACUCCUGCCACUGGUGCCCUCAGUCUCUGAAAGAUGGCUGAUAAAAUGAAGAAGUCCUUGCAAACAAAACUUAGAAGACUGUAGAUACUUCAUUCAAAUCUCGUCAAGUUUGCUUCAAGCUUCUCAGUUGGUGUAGGCCAGUAAGUAAUUGCAAGGUCUUGGCUUUUAAAUUACCUACGGUAGUUAAGAUGGCGGAUAUCAAAUUUCAAGUGGUCCGUCCUAAUGAGCCUGAUGAAACUUCUCCUUACAUUUCCUUGGCAGACCCCACCAAUGACAUAGCCAACCUGAGAGAUGCUGAGGAAGUGGUGAUCAAUGAGAGCAGCAUCCGUGUAAUUGCAGAUUACCCGCUGAAAGAUGAGUUUGAAUUUGAGGUCAAGCCCUUUGACGGUGCACAACACUUCACGCGGGCUGCGCUAGCGCACGCCAUUUCAGCAUUGUACCAGCGGAUCUACACCGAGGAAGACAGGACGAGCCCAGAGGUCGCGGGUCAUGUCCCAGGCAUGAUGAACAGGGACACAACAGAAGUGAAAUCCAGCAGGCAUUCGAUGUUGAAGUGA